AUGUUGUCGUGGCGGGUAUGUGUUAGUACAAUUUUGAUCGUGGGAGUCAAUUUGGUGUUAGUGAUGAUUUUGCAACCGAGCUGGACAAACCCACACCUUCGUUUGGUACCCGAGAUCGUUCUUGGCGAGGCCGAACACCCCACAUUAACGAGGAGGUGCUUCUCGUAUAGCGGCGUCAAGGCUGAGAAUAUUUGCUGCAAGAUGCAUCGGUAUAAACACGAGGGCGAUAUUCUGAAGUGCGUUAGAAGAGCAAAUGUGGAAGCGUUUAUGUCAAGCAGAGCAGGGCCGAACUCCCGCCCUCCGGAACCACGCGACUUGGACUUCCUGACGGGGAAGGUCGACUGGGCAUUUCCCGUGGAGUCUCCCCCGGAACGACUGAUCGGCACUGCCCACUGGAUGAUCAUCGGAGACUCGUACCUGAGGUACCUGUUUGACGUCAUGGCUCGUCGCGCCUUCGGACCAGGCUUGCAGUAUCGCAUGAAGGAUACCAAGGGCGACUGGUUACCGGCUGCCAACCUUCUCAACACACUGAGAAAUAGAACAAUCCACGACAUCAUCGAGGUGCGCCACCUAGCAGCCCCCUUCCGCAUCACUUACUACCCCGACUUCCUUCUCAAAAGAGUGCCGGAGCUGAUCAAGCUUUGGGAGCUCGAGCCACACUUGAAACCAUCGGUCGUCGUCAUGGGUACCGGCUUACACUGGAUGCUCGCGGCGAAGACCACAUACGCAGAGUCGGGACCAGACGCAGCCAUGACGAAUGUUACCCAACACUUCCGCAGCUUGGUACCUCAUCUUUCCCGCCUGGCUAAAACCACGCCCACAAUAUUUAAACUUCUUGAUGAUGUACAGGACUCCCACCUCACGGAGAAGCCCGAAUACAGCGCAGAGAUCUUCCGCCGGUACAACAGCCUGUUCCGAGAGAGCCUCAGGGACACCGGCGUCUUCGUGUGGGACAGCAAUCUGCCUCUUUCCGAAGCCUAUACGAAGGAGUGCCUCAUCACGAAGGCUAUCACCCUCGACUUCAGCUGGAGGUGUUUCGAUCAUAUACACUCUGGUUAUAUAGUGCAAGAACAAUUUGCGGACAUGGUAUUCAAUUUUAUCUGCAACAAACGCUUAGAUCGUCCAAGUGACUAUUGUACGUAGCGUGGUUAUGCUGUGUGUUUGGUGAAUAGCAGAGAGAUAGAGAGAUCGAAAAGGGAUUGCCAGGAGAGACUACGCCAAGGUCUAUAUGAGUACUUACAUAGAUCUUGGACAACGCCAUUCUACGUACACUUAUUUCUCUCUCUCUCUCUCUUUUCUUUUGGGCUUAACUCACUAUUAAGCCAAAUAGUCAACUAGCCUAGGACCCAUUAGUAUUUUGUGGGACACUGAAACCAACGUCACACAGUGUGGCAGUGUUUAACCUUGUUUCAAGUGUAUGUACAGUACACCGACUUUAUAAUUAUAUAUCCACACCCAUCAGGGCUUUUGAACUACAAUACAGUUCUCAGAGUACGGGGCCUGCCAAUACUGGGCUCCAUCAGGUGGGCCACACAUGAGUGUAGCCUUGGACCCACAAGUACGUAGAUCCUGUCCUGUUACAAUGAACCACAGCAUCAACUUGGCCGAUCAAAUGCCGAUGCGCACAUGCAGACAGUCAAAUCGUAUUACACACUGCUGAGAAGCGCAAUCAAGAUUUUAGUCAAGAGGUGACUAAAUACAGAUUUUAGUUGAGAAGGGUCUAAAGUUUCUCCCUUCUUAACUACAUUUCUAUUGAGAGGCUUUGGUUGCGCUAGAAUUUGCAUUCCAGGAAAAUCAAAGGGGAACGAUCACCUUCGAGUAGACGAGAAAACUCUUGUGUAAAACGUAAUGGGAUUCUGUAAAAGGACUCGAUAUUAUAUAUGAAAAUAAAUUCAGUCACAAAAAUGCAAUCCAAUUCUUAUGAGGUACAUUUCACAAAACGAUUUUAUUUAAAUCUUAGCUUGAUUAUUCAAAAGCUGGGCCAAAUAACAGAUACGACAUACAUACAAAGCACACACAAAUAAAUAUACAAUAUUGACUGAUAGAUAAAAAGGAAACUGUUUGGAAAGUAUAAAAAUUCAUCCAAGUCAAGUAUACAGAAUUCAGUGCCAGUUAUGUACCCCCCCCCCCCCCCGACAGGGAUUGAGGCCCACUGUAUAUAACCCUUGCCUUGGAUCUCAGCCCUCGCCUCACCUAUUUUUGCUUCUCUCUCUUUAUUCUUUUCUUUAUCCCCUUCAUCUGUCCACUCGUCCUAAUUGUUAACUCAUUUUACGCUUUUCGCCACAAUACUUUUUCAUAAUGCUAUAUGAUCUUUUAUGUCUGCUAGAUUUAUUUGUUUUGUUCAUUCUGGAAAUUCACAGAUAUCGCUUUAUGAACCAAAAAACUCGAGGACUUUGCCCCAAGCCCCACACUAUCGCUGUAUUUUGUAUACGCCGCUAAUGACCUUAGGUGUUGACGCGGCAGAAAUGUUUCAGUGAAUGAAAAUCGGUUGUAUAUGUUAUGAAACAAGGUCUGAUUAAGGCAGCCAGAGUCCUGUCUAUUUUAUCAUAAGUCGUUCAAAGCACAACCACGCGCGCAUGCACAAACACGGACGUGUGUGUGUGUGUGUGUGUGUGUGUGUGUGUGUGUGUGUGCGCGCGCGCGCACACAUACACAGAUUUAGCAGUUAAAAAGGGCACAUGAAAUAUAUAAUCCUCUUUCGUGAUAAUACAAGGCCUCAAUCAUAGUCGAUUAUACAGAAAAGGGGAAACCU